CAUGUACUUGCAAUGUCAGUGUUUCUUAUUCUAAACAAUGUAAUUUCAUUUGCCUCUUGUUUAUUUGCAGGAUUAAAGAUGUUGGCAAUUUUAUGGCAAAGAAUGAGAGGGAGAAAUACCAUAGUUCUUUCCAGUUUUUAUGGAUGGAUGAACCUGACACUGUCAACAACAUCAUGCUGGCAUUCAUAAGUAUGCCGUACGUAAUGGUUUUAGACCCGACCGUCCAUCUGUACUAUGUCCCUGAAUCCCCAAUAGAAGAUUUAGAUGCAACAUCUAUAGGAAAUUUUCUCAAAAAUGUGAAAGAUGGGAAAAUGCAGGCAAUGGGAGGUACAGGAUUCUUUCAGAGACUGAAGAGAUUAUUUUAUGACAUUCUAGUCACCGUUAUAGAAGUAUGGCAGUCUUCUCGUUGGUUAUUCCUGAUCAUGUUUGGUAUACCUACAGCAGUAAUAUCAGUCGUGUGUUAUAGUCUAUGUUGUAUGGACACUGUUGAUGACGAAGUCCACAGUGAUGAUGAAGAUUCUGAUGAAGAAUACAGAGCUCUUGUUCAAGAACAACAAAAUGUAAAGCCAGUUGAAGACAAAGAAGAUAAAGAUUUACCAGUAGCUGGUCAUGAAAAAGCAGAAUGAAUGUCUCAGUGUGCCUUUAAUCUCCAGGAGUGUUCUCUCAUUUUUAGCUCACCUGAGCACAAAGUGCUACAAGGUGAAUUUUUGUGAUAGCUCAAUGCCUCUCAAUCAUAGUCCAUUGUUGUCAACAGUUACUUUUAAUAAUCUUGCCUCCAAAACCACUGGUAACAUUUUUAACAAACUGUCUUCAGGUGGUCCUUUUCAAACAAGAAUAAACUUUUAAAAAAUUCUGAAACUACAAAACCUUGUAAGUUAAGAUACUAAAGGGCAUAUUCUAAUGAUUCUAAAUUGUACCUCUUACAUAAAAAAUGUCCUGCCCCUGGGAUCACUUGUAACAUGGACUUUGUAGGAAAAUGUUUCAAAAUAUUCUAAUUUGAUACUUUCAAGCCCUCGAGAAGAUAUUUGGUUUGUAGCAUGUCCUAGUGGGUCUCUUUUGAAAAUUAAUAAAUUUAGUGGGAGAGUGGGGGUUAAAAUUGAGUCUGACUCUGUAGACUUUUUAAACUUACCAUUUUACACAAGGGAGCGAUAUUGACCCUCUUGGGUCUCUUGUACACCAUUUUCUAGGUUUUAAGUUUAUAAAUUUAUAGUUUUAAGAGAACAGUCAAAAACUUUUGCAUCUGAUUAUUAACUUUUAUUUGUUUGAAAUUAACCAAUCAAAAGUGCUGUAUCAUUGUAGACUGGACAUUGUUAUUUGAAAUUAACCAAAAGAAAAGUUGUAUUUGAAAUUAACCAAUGGAAAGGCUGUAUUUGAAAUUAACCAAUAGAAAAGCUGUAUUUUUUAUCCCCCCGCCGAAAAAUUAAUAUAUAGAUAUAGAAAUAGUCUCCGUCCGACCUUCCGUCCGUUUGUCCUUCCGUCCGACAUUUUUGUCCGGAGCAUAUCUCUAAAAGUAUUUGAGUUAUCAACUUGAAACUUCAUAGGUGGAUAGACCUCAUUGAGGAGGAGUGCAGUGCACAAGAAUGAUAACUCUACCUUGCAUGAUUUUUGAGUUAUUGCCCUUUGUUAUUUUUCAAAAUUGAUUUUUGUCCAGAGCAUAACUCCAAAAGCCUAUGAGAUAUUAACAUGAAACUUCAUAGGUGCAUAGAUCUCACUCAGGAGGUGUGCAGUGCCUAAGAAUGAUAACUCUACCUUUCAUAAUUUUUGAGUUGUUGCCCUUUGUUAUUUUUCAUACCUAAUUUUUCACCUGAGUGGAGCAUAACUCAAAAAGUGUAUGAGAUAUCAACAUGAAAUGUCAUAGGUGGAUAGAUCUUAUUGAGGAGGAAUGUUGCGCGCAAGAAUGAUAACUCUUCCCUAUACAAUUUUUGAGUUAUUGCCCUUUUUUAUGCCCCCACAAUGUGGGAGCAUAUAGCGUUGCACUUGUCCGUCCGUCAGUCCGUCCUUACGUCCCGAAAUCUUGUGAACCCAACUCCUCUUAAACCGGAUGGCAGAUUUUGCUUAAACUUACAGGGAUGAACAACCUUUAUGUGUAAAUGGUAGUAAAGGAAGGAAUUUUCGCUGCGACCAAAUUUAACAGAAUUAUGGCCCUUUGUUGAUUUUUUCACUAUAUACUAUGUAGAAAUUUUGUGAACGCAACUUCUCUAAAACCAGAAGGCAGAUUUUGCUUAAACUUACAGGGAUGAACAACCUUAAGGUGUAGAUGGUAGUAAAGGAAGGAAUUUUUGCUGCAACCAAAUUUAACAGAAUUAUGGCCCUUUGUUGAUUUUUUCACUAUAUACUAUUUAGAAAUUUUGUGAACGAAACUCCUCUUAAACCGGAUGGCAGAUUUUGCUUAAACUUACAGGGAUGAACAACCUUAAGGUGUAGAUGGUAGUAAAGGAAGGAAUUUUUGCUGCGACCAAAUUUAACAGAAUUAUGGCCCUUUGUUGAUUUUUUCACUCUAUACUAUGUAGAAAUUUUGUGAACGCAACUCCUUUUAAACCGGAUGGCAGAUUUUGCUUAAACUUCCAGGGAUGAACAACCUUAAGGUUUAGAUGGUAGAAAAGGAAGGAAUUUUUACUGCAACCAAAUUUUACAGAAUUAUGGCCCUUUGUUGAUUUUUUCACUUUAUACUAUGUAGAAAUUUUGUGAAUGCAAACCGGAUGGCAGAUUUUGCUUAAACUUCCAGGGAUUAACAACCUUAAUGUGUAGAUAGUAGUAAAGGAAGGAUUUUUUGCUGCGACCAAAUUUAACAGAAUUAUGGCCCUUUGUUGAUUUUUAGUUUUCAACUUGUGGCACAUGUAGUCCAAAAAAUAUUUGACCUAGAGUCAUAAGAUUGACAGAACAGUGGUGUGUGGGGGCAUCAGUGUCCUAUGGACACAUUUCUAGUUUUCAUGCUAUUUUGUCCAGAGCUUAUCUCAAAAAGUAUUUGAGGUAUCAACUUGAAACUUCAAAUGUGGAUGGAUCUCAUUGAGGAGGAGUGCAGUGCUUAAGAAUGAUAACUCUACCCUGCAUUAUUUUUGAGUUAUUGCCCUUUGUUAUUUUUCAAAAUUAAUUUUUGUCCAGAGCAUAACUCAAAAAGCCUUUGAGAUUUCAAAAUGAAACUUCAUAGGUGCAUAGAUGUCACUCAGGAGGUGUGCACUGCAAAGGAAUGAUAACUCUACCUUUUAUAAUUUUUGAGUUAUUGCCCUUUGUUCUUUUUAUACUUAAUUUUUCAAUUCAAUUUUUUUUCUCAAAAAGUAUUUGAGGUAUCAACUUGAAACUUCAUAGGUGGAUAGAUUUUACUGAGGAGGGAUGCAGCACACAAGAAUGAUAACCUACCCUGCAUUAUUUUUCAGUAAUUGCUCUUUGUUAUUUUCAGCCAUCAGUAUUCACAUAGGUUUCAAAUCUGUAAUCACUAUAGCCAUCAGUUUUCAUUACCAAAAGACCUCUUAAAAUGGAAUUAUUCUGCUCUACUACAUAUACAUUCUUCCAAUGAGCAAACACAUUUGGCGGGGGAUGGCCAUGUUGACAUGGCUCUUGUUAAAGACUGGUUUUCUGACUAUGAAUCUAAAAUCUUAAAAUCAGUUUUCCAUUUCAAAACAAUCAUUGAUUUUGUUAUUGUUAAGUAUUUUAUCUUGUUGUAUGAAAUUAUGUCAGUUGACUUUGUGACCUAUAUUUCUGAUGAAUUUAAUUUAUUGAUGUUUUUAUACCAAUGUAUAAUAUUGUAUGUACAAUGUGUAUUUGUCAGUUUGCAUGUUUACAUUUCUUUUUAAGAUAUUUACUUUUCUUCAAGAAGUUCACAUUGCAAAUAAACAGUCUGUUAGAUUUAUGUAAUUUCUAUAUUUUAGAUAUUUUUAUUGUUCUAAAGACGAGAUAUACAUGUAUAUGAAAUCCAAACUGUUAGGAAAAGAGACAUGUAGUACAGGUAUAGCCUGUAGGAUAAAAGAGUUUACAAUUGCCAUAGACAAAAAUAAUUUUUGUAUUUAUCUUAUUUUUAUCCUAUCUAUUAAUGUCAUAUACAAUGUAUUCAUUGAAUUCAUAGAAUAUUUACAUAUAAUGUUCAAAAGCUCUUCCAGACUAGGUUGGCAAAUGAUGAGACAAGGGAUACAAUCACGGCAAGAUUUUGGUAGAUUUGCAUACACUUGGGUAAUUUAAAGGCCCAUUAUGCCUCAGAAGUGCUUUUUAUUAUAGUUUCCUAAAUGUUUUGGGUUUUUAGUAUCCUGUAAUACCUUUCAAAAAAAUACUCUUUGGCCAUUAAACUUUCUUUUGCUUCUGUUAGUUUUUGCAAUAAGUACAGUUAUAGUGAUUUAGUAUUUUGUAUGGAAGUCAAAAUACUACUUUGUUUACAUUUUGCAACUUUUAUGACAAUUAAUUUCAGCUUCAGUCCCAUUUUCUUCUGUCAAUAAACAUCUAACAUGCUCUAAAAACCAUUAUUUAAAUGAUAUUAAACUUAAUGUUUACCUUUUAUGUAGAAGUAAAAAGUUAUUCCUUUCUGAAGCAUAAUGUGCCUUUAAGGAAUAUUGUACUUGUAAAGCCCAUCUUAUAAGGGUAAUAAACGAAUUUAAAACAUUCAAAA